AUGGCAAUCAAGAAGGCUGCAAAGUUAGCUUCAGGUGCAAUUGAUCAAUUUUCUCGGUUCAUUCAAAUGAGAGGGUUAUUUGGAGAUCCAGAAGCUCGAUGGUCAGCACUAAAUGACAAAACCAGUGCAGCUGACUGGUGGGGUUCUUUAUGGAGGACAGUGUCCUGA